CCAAUCUCAACCGCAAAAUAUUAUUCAAUUCAUAAAACACCAAACUCUCUUCUUCUUCUUCUUCCUUUUCUAUUUUCAAAUUCUAUAUAAUACAAAAUUUCACAAAAACCAACCAAUAUCUCGAAAGUGCAAAGCAAAGAAUAUAAUAAUAUAACAUAAAAAAAAUGGGCACUGUUAUUGACUCUCAUUUCUUAGCCCUCACUGCCAUUAUCACCAUUGUUUAUCAGCUUCUGUUUUUCAUUGUCACUGCACUUCUCAAAUUCGAUAAGGUCACUGAUUUUGCAGGAAGUACCAAUUUCGUUAUUGUCGCUGUAUUGACCUUAGUACUCAAAGGCUCAUGGCAUUUUCGACAGAUAAUCCUCACUCUCUUUGUUGUAUUAUGGGGUCUUCGCCUUGGUUUUUUUCUCUUACUCAGGAUUUUACAGUGGGGAGAGGAUCGCCGUUUUGAUGAAAUGCGUAGUAAUUUGGGGAGAUUGGCUGUGUUUUGGAUAUUUCAGGCUGUUUGGGUUUGGGCUGUGAGUUUACCUGUUACAGUGGUGAAUGCAAGUGAUAGGAAUCCUUUUCUAAAGGCUGUGGAUUUGAUUGGGUGGCUUAUGUGGGCUGUGGGUUUUAUGUUUGAAGCUACGGCCGAUCAACAAAAAUUGACUUUCAAAAAUUCUUCGGAAAAUAGAGGGAAGUGGUGCAAUGUUGGACUCUGGCAAUAUACUCGUCAUCCUAACUAUUUUGGCGAGAUAUUGCUUUGGUGGGGAAUUUUUGUGGCAUCUACACCUGUACUGAAGAAAGCUGAAUGGCUAGUAAUCAUUGGACCGAUCUUUCUCACACUGUUGCUUCUUUUCAUCAGUGGCAUUCCACUGCUCGAGGAAUCAGCAGAUAAGAAGUUUGGAAAUGUGGAGGGAUAUAGGGUAUACAAACAAAAAACCAGCCCUUUAAUCCCAUUGCCACCAGGAGUCUAUGGAAAGUUACCUGCAUGGUUCAAAUCAGCUUUUCUCUUUGAAUUUCCACUCUACAGUCGUAAUUUUCCCUCGGAAGAACAAAUUUGGUCUCAAUAAAUGGUAUUGAAUUAUUUACUGUUUGCUCAAGGUGUAGAACAAGCAGUGGGAAAAGCAGUGAUACUUUGAAAAUCGAGUAGCCAACCGUUGGUUCUCUUGCAUCACACUAAAGUUAUAGUUGCCAUCGUUGUCUGUCGCUGUUAGGAAUUUUCUUUGGGGUUUUUCAAGCCAUGUAAUGUUGUUGCAACUUGCAACUUUUCUUCUUGUUUUUAUCCCUUUAAUUUGGUUCUUUUCUUGUAUGUGAUAUAUACUUUACGCAACUGUGCAGGAAACUAGAUUAUUUCUCUAUCAUCAAUUCUUCUACUGCAAUUAUCAUUUUGGGCCUGCAUUGGCAAAUAUUUAACACAAAUGCUUUUCACA